UCCACCUGAGAUCACUAAACAGUUCAGACAGUACUUUCCUCCCAAAAUGUGCUCAUAAUGUUACACAGUGUGAUCAGUUCAUCACGGAGAGCAGAGUAAUGAAUUUAUCUGCAGGUUCCUCCCCAUGACCUUUGGAAAGAUUUUUGUUUCUGAGUGCUGAACAGUCAGAUGUUCCCUCCUUCUUGUCUCAGCCACAGACAGAACAUCACAGAAAUAUGUUUGAUGUCGGGAUUGUGCUGUUUCUCCUCCUGUCAGGGGGGAGGGCAUUCAUGAUCCACAACACCCACUGCAGCUUGUGUCUGGAGGACUCAGCAGCUACAGGUGAAGUCCUGUUGAAGAAAUGCAACCUGGACUCAGAACGUCAACAGUGGGUCUGGAUCGCUCAGGGCAUGCUGAUGGGUGUCGCAUCAUCCAUGUGUUUGUCAGCCCAGCAGACAAAGCCAGUCCGAACCCAGUCCUGCCAGGAGACAGAGGUGGAUGCUGCAGGGUUGAUGUGGGACUGUGACAGGGACAGACUGAUCAGCAGAAACACAUCUAUGUUGCUGUCAGUAGACGGUCAACAUCUGAUUCUAACUUACAACAGUAAAUACUCAAAGUGGAGAUCUCUGGAUGAGGGGGACAUCUGCCAGGAAAAACUCAGACUCAGGAGGGCAUCUGAUGAUCCAGAUGAGUUUGAGGUCGCAGAGAAGCAGGUUGGUGAGAUGACGGAGGAACAGAAAGAGUAUCUCCGCUGGUACUAUCGCACAGAGGAUUCGACUACAUGGAAGUUUGUUCUUCUGGGACUGGCCUUUGUCUGCCUCCUUGUUGGUUUUCUGUUGCUGGGAAUGGGAGCUAUGGCAAACAAGAGCAGAAAAAAGAUAGCAAAGUACAAGGCAGCAGCAUCUCUGAUUCAGAAGAGAGGAGACGAGCAGCUGCAGAUCAUCUCAUCACUCAGAGAUGAGAGCAGAAGCAAACCACCAUCAUCAUCCCCUGACAGGCUGAUGCAGGAAAACAAACUCUCCUCAUCCAACGGAGAGGUGAAUGCGCUCAGAGCAGGAAACAUUGUGGUCACAUGGAAAGAUGGCAACACUUCCUGCCUGUACUCAGAUCCUGCAACACAGGUGGAGGAGGAGAAUGAGAAAGAGGAAGAGAAACAAGAAGAGGAACAGGAGGAGAAAGAGGAGGAGAAACAGGAAGAGAAACAGGAGGAGAAACAGGAGGUGGUAGCUGCUGCUGAGCAGUAAAUGGCAAAGUGGAAAUGGAGUGAAAAAUUCAGAUUAUAGAUUUAAUGUACAGUGAAUAAUCUCAGCCUGUGACACAGCUCAGCUACUCCAGCAUGACAGUCUCUAACAGUUCAAUAAAUCCUUCCAAACCUUAGGUCCACAUUAACUGCAAAGUUCUAAAGGUGAAAAAAUCUAUUCCGUACUCAGACCAGUAUUUGUGUUUUUUGAAUUGUUCAAAUUUUUGAGUAAUAUAUUAAUUAUCUUUCUUUGUAACAGUUAGAUGCUCAGACUGAGGCCAUUCUCGUGUUUUUGUGGUAACUAUAGAGCUACAGAGACAGUUAGCAUAACUAACACACUGUACCUCAUCUGUUUGAUCUGAACAAAACAGAAAUGUUAAAUCAUCUCUCUGUGGUUUUAGGAGGCGCUGUGUGCAUUAAUUAUUUCUUCUUCACGGAGGCUUUGUUGUCACUGUGAGGUUGUGGUGUAGUACUAUCCUGUCUGCCUGAUAUGGAACCCUGCGCUCACUGACAGUACGUAACAGCCUGUGCUGUGGAUGGAUGGAUAAACUGCACCACCUAACACCAAACUGCCCCUGUAACCACAAACUGGUGUCAUGUUUUGUUUCUAUUUGUGCACAGUUUAAACAAAUGAGACACUGCGUGAUCAUCUCUGUGAUCAUUAGACAUACAGUGUUUCAUUGUGUUGAACUCUUCCUUUAAUAGGAUAUGAAGAUAAUGAAUUAUGAUGCAGUCUGAAUGUGUGGUUGCCAAUCAUGAACUAAUAAAAUCACUAAUGGAAAAA